AUGCGGACUCAGUCAUCUCCCCGCAACCGUCCGGAGCAGACGUCGACGUCGGUCCCGACGCUCCUCGCGCUCCGCCUAGGCCGUCGUCGUUGCCCUCACCAGUGACGGCUCGUGUGUGUGUGUGUGUGCGUCGUCGCCUACCUGGAUUACCUGGCGAUGCUACUCGGCCUGUGAAGCGCGAUCAGUCCUGUGAUGGGCGCCGGUGCCAUGGCUUUCUUCAACGCCGUGUCCGGAGUCGCCAGCCGCCAGCAGCAGCAGCACGCCGCCCCCGCGCCGCCCCUGGCGCCGCCCCUGGGGGUGGGCCCCGGGCCCGGGUCGCGGUCCGCGCGCCGGCACUACCAGCAGCACGUGCAGCAGCAGCAGCAACAGCAGCAGCUGGCCGCCAGGGCGAAGCAGCAGCCCCCGCCGCCCCAGCAGCAGCCGCAGCCGCCGACGGCGUCCUCGCCUGUGGCCGGGCCCUCCAGGGUCCCCGACGACCAGGUGCAGGUGGUGGCGCAGCCCGCGCCGCCCCCGGCGCCCAGCAAGUGCCCCUGCACCGUCGACGAGUUCCUCGCGCCCUUCCGUAACAAGAUGAAGGCCUUCAAGAAGCUCAAGAAGCGAUUAGCGACCCGGUCCUCUAGCAGCGCGGCCACCAACAACCUGCCGCCGCUCACCUUCCACCAGGUGCACGGCGAGAACAUCGAGCUGUGCUACGAGCGCCGCGUCGCUCGCCGCAACGAGUCCUUCUGCAAGGCCGUGACGUUCAGCAACCGGCCGGUGCUGGUCGGCGAGAAGGUGUACAUCCGCUUCCUGGAGAUCUCCGACAGCUGGUCGGGCGUCAUCCGGAUGGGCUUCACGUCGUACGACCCCGUGACGCUGGCGGCGUCCUCGUCCGGGCUGCCGCGCUACGCCUGCCCGGACCUCACCAACAAGCCCGGCAGCUGGGCCAAGGCGCUGAGCGAGCGCUUCGCCACCCAGGGCGCCGUCCUCUACUUCUACGUGACGGCCACCGGGGACGUGCACUUCGGCGUCAACGGCGAGGACAAGGGGUUCUUCUUCGGCGACGUCGAGACGCGCGGCCCGCUGUGGGCCGUCGUGGACGUGUACGGCAACUCGACGGCCAUCGAGCUGGUGGACCCGCGCUCCAACCUCAACAACUCGCGGCGCAGCCUGACGUCGGGCGGCGAGUCGUGGGAGGCCGGCAGCUCCCCGGAGCGGCUGUCGAGCGCCAUGGCGGCCAUGCGCCUGCAGCAGCAGCCCCAGCAGGUGGAGGCGCAACCCCGGCCGCGCUCUCACCAGCAGCACCAGCAGCAGCAGAGCCGGGUGAGCCAGCAGCAGCGCCACCACCACGGCCACCACCAGCACCGCAGCAGCGUGACCAGCGGCCACCACGAGUCGCAGCCGGCGCCGCAGCCGCAGCCCGCACCACAGCCGGCACAGCAGCCGCACCACCAGGACCUGCCGCAGCCGCGCUUCCAGCCGUCCGGCGCCGUGUUCAGCUUCCUCGCCUUCCACCGGACGCGCGGCCGCAACGUGGUGCUCAACCACGACCGCACCGUCGCCAACCGCCCCGACACCGAGUUCUGCCACGGCUACGUGUUCACGCAGCGGCCGGUCAUGCUGGGCGAGCGCAUCGUCGUCCAGGUCCUCAACACUGAGCCGGCCUACGUGGGCGCGCUCGCCUUCGGCCUGACGUCGUGCGACCCCUCCACCCUGAACCACUCGGACCUGCCCGAGGACGCCGACUUCCUGCUGGACCGCUCCGAGUACUGGGUGGUGAGCAAGGACGUGGCCUCGGCACCGCAGCGCGGCGACGAGCUCACCUUCUCCGUCACGCACUCGGGCGAGGUGACCAUCUCGCGGAACGGCAGCACGCCGGUCGUGUUCAUGCACGUGGACCACUCGCUGCAGCUGUGGGCCUUCCUGGACGUGUACGGCUCGACGCAGCGCGUCCGGCUGCUGGGCUCGCUCAUGGACCCGUCCUCGGCGCAGCGCAUGGGCGUGCACAACCAGUCCAGCGUGGACCCCAACACGGCCAACAACACCAACAACGGGCGCCUGGCGUGCUGCAGCGCCUCGCCCGCCCCCGCGCCGCUGCCCGCGCAGCAGGCGCAGCAGCCCUCGCGGCCGCCCGUGCCCCCGCACGCCGCCGCCGCCGCCGUGCCCACCACCGUGACCGUGGUCACGCCGCACCCGAGCCCCGCGCACGCCGCGGGCGCGACCGGCGCCACCGCCGAGGUGCUCCAGCUCGCGGCCAACGGCGGCACCAUGCUGGUCGUCAACCUGCCGCCCAACCCGCACACGUACCUGCCGGGCCCGCCCCCCGCGCCCGCGGACCAGGCGUCCGCCGCCACCAGCGUCGCCAGCGCGAACGGCGCCAACGGCUCCGCAGAGCCGUCCGUGCAGCAGUGGAUGGGCCAGUACGCCAUGUCCAACACCAUGUCCGGCAGCGAGUGCUCCAUCUGCUACGAGCGGCCCAUCGACUCGGUGCUGUACAUGUGCGGGCACAUGUGCAUGUGCUUCGAGUGCGCCGUGCAGCAGUGGCGCGGCAAGGGCGGCGGCCACUGCCCCAUGUGCCGGGCCGUCAUCCGGGACGUGAUCCGCACCUACAAGUCGUAGAGGGCGGAUCCGACCCGACCCGACCUGACCCGACGCGGCGCAGACUUGUGUAGCUGAGCAGCCAAAGCCAAAACUGAUUUACGUUGAUACUGUUGUUAUUACCUGCGAUUAUUAAGUUUUAAGUAGUGAUGUAGCGUGGUUGGUUAAUGUUAUUAUUUACAGUUAAUAUUAAUUUUAUUGUGAUGAUCUGCUAUCUCCCCCCCCCCCAAAUCUCCCCCUUGACCCCAACCUUGUGCCUACACGCUUUAGGUGGCUCGUAGUGAAACUAAGUCAUAUUGACAUUGAUUUUGGUUAAUGUUUACACUAGCAGGGCAUAAAUGAAUGUAUCUAUAUUAUUAUUAUGAACAUUAUUAUUUUAUCUAACUGGCAGAAACCAAAGAAGACGUGUGAAUAUGUCUUAGUCUGUGUGAAUGUGUGAGUGCAUCAAAGAAAGUAAAAUUUCUUUGUGAAAUGUUGAUUGUUGAUUUGAGUGGCAUGGCCUUAAAGCCAGCACUGUUGUUAAAUGAGGCCUAAGACUGUCAGGCAAAAUAAAAUAAUCUUUUUCUACUGUCAACAUUCUGUUGCCAAAUUGACAAAUUCUUUGUUAUAAACUCCAAUUUGUGUUUGUAUUCGUUUUUUCUUUCAUGUUGGUACCUCAGACUAUUAUUGUGAUCAAUUAGUGCAUGUACUUGCUUGGUGGUCAGUAUGUGCCAAAUAUUUGUAGGUUUUGAAUGAAAAUUGGCAACGCCCCAUGGGCCCCAUCUCUUUGCGACUGAAUAAUAUGCUUCUAAAUGUAAGCAUCCUUAUUAUUUUUCUAUGAUGUUUUCUUAACGUUCUUUAUCUGACAAUGUCAUUCAUUCUGUUCAGUUGUGUUUUUUGAUUGCCUUUCUCCUCGAGAAGGCUUUUGUUGUAGAUACUACUGUUGAAUUCUCAAUUUGUUCAAGUUUUUUAGAAGCUUUUGUUUUUAUUGUGAUUGCUAUAACUAGUGCACUUUAUAUGUACUCUUGACUGCUGACCUAACAGAGUUUGUUGGGGAACAUAAAUUAAGAAAACUUAUCAUUCUUGGAAAAAUAGUUCCACAUAAUUUAUCAUACAGAAUCGUCAAAAAUUUUGUUGUUUAGACAGAAGAAUUUUGUACAGUAGAUAUUUCUCAGUCUUCCCAUGCUUGAAUUUGUAAAUGGAAAACUUCUGCAGCCACAUUCCAGUUAAUUAACAUUUUUGUGUAACUCUUAACAAUAUUUGAGUAUCUAGUCAAACUUAAAUUCACCUUUUCCUUUUGAUUUUUCAAUCUAAGGCCUAUCUGUUGUUCUGAACAACUCUAUGUACAUAAGAUGUCUUCAAAUAAUAUUGUGAUUACGAACUGAUUUUAGUGCACACCAGAGGAAGCUGGAUAUCUGUACCAAAGAUUUGUGUUUGGAUAGGAAAAGUCGCCCCUCCCCCCUUUCUUUUACUACAGUUAAAGCUGCUUAUUGUCCAGAUUAAAAAUUAAAGUUUACAGUUAAAGCAUAAUUUACUAAAUAUGUGUUCAUUGCUUAAACUGAGGAUUUAAAAACAUUGUGAAAUUAUGUCUGGUGCAAGCAGGAUAUGUUUAUCUGGUGUUUUCUACAAGCAGCAUUGACUGUAGUCUUUUUCAUACUGCAUGGUUUCCUUCCUUAUCUGUCAUGAAAUCUUAGUAUUCUCUGUAGUGGCAUGAGAGGGUGUUAUACUUUCUCUGCAUUGAUUCUACACUUUAUGGUAUUGAUCUAAAUAUGAAUAGCGCAAUAUUUUAAUUUGAGUGCAAAAUAUAAAUCUCUUAUCAGUCAAGA